CCCUUGAGCUCGCAAAACAAACUGAUCAAGCGUGGCGCUGGGAGAGAAAGACCACAAUCAGAGCGCGAGCUCGGUGCGUGUGUGUGCGCGUGCGCGUGCGGGACGAAGCAGUAGUGCCGGUUGGUGUUGAGCGCGAGGAGUCGGAGCUUAUCUCUAUAUCUCAGUACAGGACAGGUUCAUGGACGCCGGUUAGUGUGUGCGUGCGUGCGUGCGUGUGUGUGUGUGCGCGCGCGCGUGUAUAAGUGUGUGUGCAGUGGGACUGAUAAAGUAACCGCCUGGUAAGCGUUUGGUAGAUGAUGUGGGGUAAACACGGUGUUUCUUGCGGGUUUUAAGGCGUUUUCUGAGACGUUAAUAAACUUCUCCCUGAGCUCUGGACUUUAUUGGGACUGCUUCGUGACAUGGACGUGAGAAGAAAGAUCACUUUCUGCUGCGACAAGUAAACCCAGUAAAACUUCACUGUUGGGUGUGUGCUGAGAAGCGAUAUGGCUUUAAUAUGAAGACCUGAGAGUUGUGCGUGAAAAGCUGCGGGUGAAACACGCACCAUGGAGAAGGCAAACGGCACGCGCGCACCGCAGCAGCCUCAGUUUCGCAUCAACGUCCCGAGCACAGCCAGGGAAAGAGUCACCAGCGUGGAUCCGUACGGCUUCGAGAGAUCUAACGACUUUGAUUACGAGUCCUAUGAAGAGCUCAUGUCGGAGUAUUUGGCUGUUCUCACCAAAAGGUCGAUCAAGUGGUCAAAACUGCUGCAGGGGAAGAGCCGCAUCGAGAAGACUCUUAAAUUAAAGCGCUAUGUACGGAAAGGGAUCCCGAACGAAUACCGAGCUUUGAUCUGGAUGGCGGCAAGCGGCUCCCAGGAGCAGAUGGAGAAGAAUCCAGGCUACUACCAUUCACUCCUCCAUGCGCAACACGACCCUACACUGGUGGAGACCAUCCGCACAGAUUUGCACAGGACAUUCCCAGACAACGUGCAGUUCAGGAAGACAGCCGAGCCCUGCUUGCAGAAGCCCUUGUAUAACGUCCUGCUGGCGUACGGACACCACAACCAGGCGGUGGGAUAUUGCCAGGGGAUGAACUUUAUCGCUGGGUACCUCCUCCUCAUCACCAAAGAUGAAGAGAAAUCCUUCUGGCUGAUGGAAGCUCUGCUAGGCAGGAUACUACCAGAUUACUACACGCCAGCCAUGUUGGGCCUGAAGACAGACCAGGAGGUGCUUGGAGAGCUGGUGAAGGUGAAAGUGCCGGCCGUUUGGCAGGCCAUGGUGGAACACAACGUCAUGUGGACACUGGUGGUGUCGCGCUGGUUCAUCUGCCUCUUUAUUGACGUCCUCCCUGUAGAGACUGUUCUACGCAUCUGGGACUGCCUUUUCUACGAGGGCUCCAAGAUCUUAUUCCGUGUGGCGCUCACGCUGAUCCGUCACAACCAGGCCCUGAUCUCACAGGCUCGCAACCUCCCGGACAUCUGCGACCGCUUCAAACAGACCACCAGAGGAGCCUUUGUGGAGGACUGCCACCCGUUCAUGCAGAACAUUUUUAAAGAACCAGGAAGCCUCUCCAUGGCGACCAUCACCAAGCUGCGGGCGGCGUGCCGAGCGCGGAUUACGGCCGAGUAAUCCUGACUCACCCCUUAAUUCUUCAAACAUUCCAGACUUGUAUUUGCACUGUCCUGUUGUUGUUGUUAUUAUUUUUAAAUCCGAUGGCUGAAACUGUUCCCAACUUCAUAAUAAUGAUUAAAUAUGAAGUGAUGGAGGUACAGGGAACUAAAUUCUGUAUAGAACCUCAACACUACGCUACACUACAGUAAGAAACCAGGGUCAUAUGCUUCAAUAUUCCAUCCACUACACGUCACAUUUAAUCAUACAGACUUGCAGCCGAUGAGCCGAGUGACUUUAUUUUAUUUUAUUUUUUUGGGGGGGGUCAUGAUUGGUGAUGGCACAAGUCUUUAAACGUAUCCUCAUGAUGUAGCGUCUCCUCCACAAGCUUCUACGGUUAUAUUUUGGUUACCUUGUACAUUUCUCCAGAUAGACCAUUCUGGGAUCUAUCAGAUUUUGAUGACGGUGAUAUGAAGAGCUCGGGACUGUUGCAUUAUUAUUAUUUUUGUUCUUCCCCUACGCACGUUGGUCUGACAUCAUGUUUAAGUUGGUACUUUACCGAAGAUCAGGAAAUACGUGUCCUAAGUAGUUUUAUACAGGAAAUCCUCGACACCCGCGAUCACUUUACAGACGCGACGGGGCGAAGCUUUUCCUGCGAUACAGUGCUGCAGUUUCUAACGACCUCUGAUUGUGGAGUCUUGUUUUCUAAUGGGAUAAUAUUAAAGUAUGUGGAUUACAAUCAAAA